AUGCACGCCGCGGCGCAACUGCUUUUCGGUGAGCAGACCGAACCAGCGCUCCACCAGGUUCAGCCAGGAGGCGCUGGUGGGUGUGAAGUGCAUAUGGAAGCGGGGCCGCUUGGCCAGCCAGUUGCGGAUCAGCGCCGUCUUGUGGGUGGCGUAGUUGUCCGCGAUCAGGUGGACGUCGAGGUCGGCGGGCACCUCGGCCUCGAUGGUAUCGAGGAAUUUGCGGAACUCCACGGCCCGGUGCCGUUGGUGGCAACGACCAAUCACCUUGCCGUCCUGGUGUCCAAGGCGGCGAACAGCGAAGUGGUGCCGUGA